AUGAUUGAUGAAGCACGGACGACUUUCCUUCGAGUGAUUACAUUUUCAAUAUGUGGUGGUGGAUUAUUGGAUAAAGGAGGUGAAGGAGAAGGAGGAGGUGGGGAUUUAAGGAAAAAUAAGGGAGGCAAAGUAAACCAUAGAGGAGGUGGAGAUUUUAUAAUAGGUGGAGGGGGAGUAGGAGAUGGAGGCGGUGGAGAUUUGAAGGAGGAGGGGGAAGGAGAUGGCGGAGGUGGAGAAGAAGAUGGAGGAGGUGGAGAUUUAAAGGGAAAGAAAGGUGGCAAUACAAACCAUGGAGGAGGUGGAGAUUUAGGGACAAGAGGAGGAGGGGAAGGAGAUGGAGGAGGUGGAGAUUUAAAGGGAAAGAAAGGUGGCAAUACAAACCAUGGAGGAGGUGGAGAUUUAGGGACAAGAGGAGGAGGGGAAGGAGAUGGAGGAGGUGGAGAUUUAAAGGGAAAGAAAAGAGGUAAUACAAACCAUGGAGGAGGUGGAGAUUUAGGGAUAGGAGGAGGGGGCGAAGGAGAUGGAGGAGGCGGAGAUUUGAAGAUAGAUGGAGGAGGCGAGGGGGAUGGAGAUGGUGAUGGAGCUGGAGAAGUAUAA